GCUCAAACAUUGCUGCAUUGACUUUGAUUGGAUUCAUUCAAUGCAAUUGCACUAGUCAGCUAGUUGAGGACUCGUUUUCUUGCUGUACGGGUUAUUUUUUGACGAUUAUUCGCUUAUUGAGUAAACAACAAAAAGAAUUUAUAAUGAGUAGUUCUUUGAAAAGGGCACUAGUCUUGCUUGCGAAUGGCGCAGAAGAGAUGGAGGCUGUUAUUUCCAUUGAUGUGAUGCGUCGAGCAGAGAUUGAAGUGACUGUUGCUGGCGUUGACGCAUCAGAUAAAAUUAUGUGUAGUCGAGGGGUUUGCAUAAUUCCAGAUGUUGAUCUCCAAACAGCCAUAGAGGCCGCCCCGUAUGACGCAGUUGUAAUGCCUGGUGGUUUAAAGGGUGCGACCACACUCGCAGAGUCAGAUGGCGUAAAGAAGCUUCUGGAGAUGCAGAUUCAACAUACAAACUUAAUUGGUGCAAUAUGUGCUGCUCCUAUAGCUCUCAAAUCUCAUAACAUAAAACCAGGAAGCAAUAUCACAUCUCAUCCAUCCUUGAAGGAUAAAUUAGAAGGGUACAUCUAUUCUGAGGCAAGGGUUGUCAAGGACAACAAACUGAUCACAAGUCGUGGUCCAGGAACAUCAUUUGAAUUUGCUUUAGAGCUAGUUGAAAUGUUGAAGGGAAAGGAAGUUCGAGACAAGAUUUCCGGACCGAUGGUUUUGGCAUAAUUUGCCCACUGGCUAUUUAUAUUAUUCACUCUUGAAUAACAGUGUGUAGUGUAAUAUCAAACAUCAGCUUCGCCCAGUUAUGCUUGUCUUAUUUAUUUACUGAUUUUAAUAGUUGUCUUUAAUUCACGCAAUUCAAUUGCCCAAAAUGUGGAAGAUUAUUAAAUAAUAUCAUGUUUACAUACUAGCAGUAUCAAAUUAUACAUGAUACUCA